GCCUCCUCUCCGUGACGCUCCUUCCUCUUCCAGCGGCCUGAAAGUGACGUCAGCGCGCCGGGGUGCGCGUGACGUCAGAUCCCGGGCUAAGCGGGCGGGGCCGGUUUGAACGAAAAUGGCAGUUAACGUGUAUUCCACUUCAGUGACAAGCGAUAACUUGAGUCGACAUGACAUGCUCGCCUGGAUCAAUGAGUCCUUACAGUUGAACCUGACAAAGAUAGAGCAGCUUUGCUCAGGUGCUGCGUAUUGUCAGUUUAUGGACAUGCUCUUCCCUGGUUCUGUAACACUUAAGAAAGUGAAAUUCCAGGCAAAAUUGGAACAUGAAUACAUUCAAAACUUCAAGGUUCUACAAGCAGGAUUUAAGCGAAUGGGUGUGGACAAAAUAAUCCCUGUGGACAAACUAGUGAAAGGAAAAUUCCAGGAUAAUUUUGAAUUCGUUCAGUGGUUCAAAAAAUUCUUUGAUGCAAACUACGAUGGGAAGGACUAUGACCCUGUGGCUGCCCGGCAAGGCCAGGAGACAGCGCCAGCACCUGCUCUUGUUGUACCACUGCUGAAUAAACCUAAGAAAAACCUUGGUUCUGGCGGCACAGCUCCAACACGGCCUAUGGUUGCACAGAGGACAACGGUGGCUAAUAAAACUGGACCCACCAUGGUUAAAAAGCCUCCUGCAGGAAUCGGGGAAGACGAGUCUGCUGAAUUGAUCCAGCAGAUCAAUGUAUUAAAGGCGACUGUUGAGGAUUUGGAGAAGGAAAGAGACUUCUACUUUGGAAAACUGAGAAACAUCGAGCUGAUUUGUCAGGAGAACGAAGGGGAGAGUGACCCAGUUCUGCAAAGGAUUGUGGAGAUACUUUAUGCUACAGAUGAAGGUUUUGUGAUACCAGAUGAAGGCGCACCACCAGAGGAACAAGAAGAGUAUUAAUGGUCCAUCUACUGUACCAGCAGAGCAGCAGCAGCAGCAGAAUUCAGAAAUCAGAAUUCUUUGCCCCAAUCAUGUGCUUAUCUGUAAAAUACUCCAUUGUAUUCUGAGAGGACUCACUGGUUUCUUUUCAUAAGUAAAAAGUACCUCUUCAAAUGCACUUUGCGUAAGUUUUACUACUUUCCCCCCCCUCUGAUGGGUUUUAUUUGAGAGCUUUUUCUCACUUUUGUAGCAGAGCAGUAUUAACAUCUAGUUGGUGUAAUUUGGAAGCAAGAGGUUGAAUAUUUGGAGUUUGCAGAGUUGCUUGGUUGCUGGUAAGUCACUGAUUUGUGGAAAGUUUGCUGUACUGUGUUUUUUGGGCGGGCGGGGGCAGGGGAGUGUGUAGUGGAGCAAUUUCAGGACUGACUUUUCUGCAGGAAGGUUUGAGCAAGUGUGAAAUGUGUUCUGCAGUUACAGAGAUGCCUUAAGGGGGCUUAAAAUGUGCUUCCAGAUGCCAAAUUUAAGUAAUGUGACGAGAGAUUUUUAUGUGCUCUAAAAUGCGGUUAGAGCAGCUGGCUUUUCUUGUUUUGGAAGGAAUUGCUAGGCACCUCCAGCCAUGGAGGGCACUGAAAAGCGCCAUUAAAACAGCCGAAUUACUAUAUAACAUCGUCUGCAUGGUUGUUGGCUUUCAGAGGAGGAAGGACCUUGCUGCACGCCGUUGUGGGACUGUUGUGGGUAUGUCUCAGAUGCCUGAAGUCAUCUCAGUCUUACUGUACUGGCUGGUGGUAUGCAGUAUCUUCCAAAGCAAUAAGGCUGUCACUUUGAAACUCUUCGCCUAAUUCACUGCCUGCAUCUAGUCGUUCCCUCCUCCCCCCCUUCUGCUUCUGUGUGUCUGUUCCUCUAAAUUUUGUGGGUCCUUCUGUUCCUCUCUGCACCCCUUCUUCCACCUCCUCUUCCAAGCCUGCUGACUAAACACUGAUGCAGGGCUAGACAGCCUGGUGUCCUCCAGAUGUUUUGGAUUGCAGUUCCCAUAAUCCCCAUCCAAUGGCCAUGCUGGUUAGGGCUUUUAGGGAUUGCGGUCUGAAACAUCUGUAGGGCCCUAGAUGUCUUACCCUGCUCUGAUGGAUCUGAUACUUCGUUUGCAGUGCUGCACUGAGACCAGCCUUGAGUUCCAGGCUGUGUGCCUGUUGUGUGUGUUCUUCUUGAGUUGGCCUUUCACGUUUAGCCUUUGCUAGUACUCCAGACUACUGGUGAAGAAAAUUGAUUUGGUGUGCAUUAAAUAGGAAAGCCAAUGCAGAAAAUGCAGUGCUGAGAUGAAUUUUGAUUGUUACAGUAUUUCAUGCUUGACCCUGUCCCUCUGACGUGGAGCAAAUCUCCCGCCCCGAUUGCUGCUCUUUGGGAGACCUCCUUGAGAUGUUGUUGCCCACAGCUGAGACUAGGCCUCUGAGGUUGUGUGCUGUUGUUCAUUUGCUUCCGGUGGUUAUGUGUCCUAAAUGUGUGUAGAAAGCAAAACAUUUUAUGGUAAAUGUUGUGUAGUGCAUGAAUCCCUAUGAAAUUCCAGAGGAAGACCCAAAUUCAAUGAAUGCCAAAAAAAGCAAGCCAUUAUUUAAAACAUCAGAGGUGCUAUUUCUCUUGUGGCCUUCUAGAUACUUGUUGCCCUAAACCAUAUUCCACCCAGACUCCUCUUGACAGGGUUUUUUCUACUUUUAAACAGUUUUUAAAUAAAGUUCUGUUAUUUGAAGAA